UGCCGGCACCCAGAGGGACCUGGUAUUCCGUGCUGUCUCGGGUCUGACUGGUUCCUGAGUCAGUCUUAAGCAAGGUAAAGCAGGCGAGGAGCUGAGUCUGUUGCAACGGAAUGGCCACCCGCCUAGAAGCUGAGGAUUCAGGGGAGCAAGGUGAAUUGGCCCAAACGGACAUCAGCGCUACGGCCGACCUUUCCAGUGAGACCAUCCCGUCCUUCACUGAGGAGGUACAGAGUUCCGGCUCAUUCAGUUCCUCCGGAGGACUGCCCCCCAGGUCCCAGGACUCUGGAAGCAGGCCUGGGAGUGGGAAGUCGACCACAUGCUGGGAAUAUCAAGACAAACCAUCUGAACUUUCAGAAAGGAGGUUUAGUUGGAAAAGGAUCAACUACCUCAAGGGCAAAGAAACUAACUGUGGACGGUACCAACCAGACACUAAACUUCUUCAAACAGAAAUCACUCCGGUAUCUGAUGAACAACUGAAUGCCCUGCAGUCUUUUUGCACCAGUAAGGUAAACCUGAUCCAUCACAGAACAACCUCUAAGGAGAAAAAAAGCAGCAGACAUAAAAAGCUGCCGUAUAGAUUGGAUGCAGAGGCUUUAGACAUAGGUGCCUUAAACUGUACCGUCCCUGAUGAGCUUAUGAACAGAAUCUGUUUAAAAAACAUGAUGGCAACACUGAAGCAGGUGGCCACGGCUAAGCAACACAUUCCUUCCAGGUGUCCGAACUGUAACAGAAAAAGAGCAGAAUUGGCUCAAUCUGCCUUCCUGAAACGAAAGAAGACUUUACUGGAGUCAUUUCUACUCCAAGAGAAAAUAGAUGAACAUCUUCAUACCAAAGACUUUCUUACCCUUAUUGGAGAAGCACACCAGGGCCUUCCCAGGCUUUCAGAUGACCCCAGAAUGAUCUGGAAAAGACUGAAGGAGAAAAGUCAGAAGAGAUACUCUGGGUUUGGAAGGUCAGAUACAGAGCAGAAGAUGUAGCAGAAUGGAAAUAGCGCUUGGCAUUCUAAUAGUGCUUUUGCUCUGUCACUUCUCACACCUUUUAUUCUAACCAAACAGGAGAUGCUGUUUAUUAAUGAUAAUGUGUAAUGUGGAUAGAUGUUUCUGUUGUGUAUUUGAGUAAUUAUCAUUUCUACAGGCUGUCUGGAAACUAACUUAAAACUUUAUUAUGCUUUUUUCAUAGAUUCGAGGACUAAAAACUUCCAAACCAGCAUCUUUUCAGGGAGAUCCUGGUGGUUUGGACUAGGGUUUUGAGAGUACAGAUAGAAACACGGAAAUGUAAGAGAUACUUAGAGAGGUAAUCAUUGACCGUCUUGGUGAAGAAAUGGAUAUGGGUAUUUAAUGAAAGGUAAAUACUGAGAGUGUUAUUAAGUUUCUGACUUCUGUACUUGAAUAAAUAGUAAUUUCACUAAAUUACAUACAGAAAUAUUGGCAAGGAUCAUGUUUGAUAAGACUGAUUAAGAGUGAUUAUUUGGACAGGAUUGUUUCGAGGUACAUUGGAGGCAUCCCCUUUGAGAGGUUGAGAAAGUUUUGGUUAUUUGUGCUCACAGUCUGCAGAUUUGAAGUAAAGGGAAAGGGCCACAGACCAUUGGCAUGUAGUUGGAAACUGAAGACAUAGACGUGGUACGCUGCUCUGGAAGAGGGGAGGGUGAGAAGUGAACAAGAGGUACGGCCAACUCCUGAGAGAUUCCACAGUUAAUGGCUGGAUGGAGGAGAACAAGCCAGCAGAGAGUUAGAAGAAAUUGUCAUAAAAUCAUAAAACCAGGAACGUGUAGUGCCACAGACAGCAAAGAGAGACUAUUUCAAGGAGGAGGGGUUUCAUGAGCACACAAAUGCCAUAGAGAGUUCACGUGAGAGGCUGUAGUCGCGUCUUGGGCUCUGGUUACCUUAGCAACAGCCACUUCACUUAUAGAAAUUAGCCAGACAGGCAAAGUGUGUUGAGGAACAAAUGUAAGGAAAUGAAGGGUGUGCGUAUAGACUACUUCUCGAAGUUCAGCUGUGGAAGAAAGUGAGGUAGCUGGAGGUAUACGUAUAAUUGAGGGAAGAAUGCCCUAAUAAAUUAUCUAAAAAACUAUUUUGGUCAUAAAGAGUUUAUGAAACUUCUCUUGUCCAUCCUGAUUUCUAUUCUGAUGAAACAGUAUUAUCCCCUGAAAAUACUAUGGUCUUUUGAAAAUAUAGUUAUAGGGGAAAAUGUUAGCUAGCAUUCUGAGGAAUUAUACUUAUUUUUCAUAAAAAUAUAGAUCCUAUAAUUUGUGACAAUACCUAGAAGUCAUUUUUCUACAUGUCUAACACCUAAGCUAUCAUGGUCAAAAAAGAAAUUUGUAAAAAUCAGCAUAAAAUUGUAUUUAUAAUAUAUUCCAAUACCACUCUUUGAUUUUUAGAUGUUCAUUUAUGCAUAAAGAUAUUCCUUCUCCUCUACAAUUUAUUGCAUUUCUUAAGUCAUUCUUAAA